UUUUUAAUUAUAAAUUGGCAACACAGCCACUUUCUUUCACAAAUUGCCAAAAUGGCGCUCAAUUUAGUUGUCAAGGUUCACCCCGUUGUUUUAUUUCAAAUAGUAGACGCUUAUGAGCGCCGAAAUGCAGAUUCCCACCGAGUUAUCGGGACUUUACUGGGAACUGCGGAUAAGGGAGUGGUGGAAGUGACUAACUGCUUCUGCGUGCCACACAAGGAACAUGCCGACCAGGUGGAGGCCGAGCUCAACUAUGCCAUGGACGUGUAUGAACUCAACAGACGCGUUAAUGCAUCAGAGAGCAUUAUUGGCUGGUGGGCAACUGGCAAUGAGGUUACUAACCAUUCCUCCGUGAUCCAUGAGUACUAUGCACGUGAGUGCCGUGAGCCGGUUCAUGUGACGCUGGACACAUCCCUGCAGGGUGCCCGCAUGGGUCUCCGUGCGUAUGUGUGUGUUGCCCUCGGAGUGCCUCGUGGCAAACAGGGAUGCAUGUUCACACCUAUCCCUGUUGAUCUCACCAGCUACGAACCCGAGAUUGUAGGGCUCCAACUGUGCCAGAAGACCAUGGGCCCACAGGGGCGCUCGCGGCAGGUGCAGCCGGCGUCUGACCUCGCGCAGGUUGCUGAAGCCGCUUCAAAACUCUCCACCUUGCUUGAACAGGUACUGCAAUAUGUAGAAGAUGUGCUAGCUGAGAAAGUACAACCCAACAAUGAAGCUGGCCGGCAACUGCUAGAGCUGGUCAACUCACUACCCAACCUGUCGGCAGAGACCUUCGCAGACGCCUUUGCUUCUGGCGUCAAGGAUUUGCUUAUGGUGGUAACAUUGGCCCAACUCAUCAAGACCCAACUGCAGCUGAACGAAAAACUAACACUUCUGACAUCUCAGUGACGAUAACUUAUAUUUUAUUUCGGUUUUACUAUUCCCGUAACAGUUUGUAUUUCACCAAAAACAAUAUUGUGCAACAUUGUCUCAACCUAAAUAAAGCAUUAAAGGAUAAGUGCUUAUUGUAAUCGGAGAUUCCAUCAAAUAAAACGGUUACAAACCCA